CAUGCGCAGUGCGUCCUCCACGGAGUGCAGGAAUGAUGGCGUCCUCGGCUGCCCGCUGCUCCUCACGCUGGAUCGCAGUUGUCGUGUCCUCCGGACAGCGGAGGGCUGUCGGCGCCGUUGUCUGCUCCGGCCAUGGAGGGGCCCGGAGUUUGUCCACACUGGGGUCGGGAAGGGCGUGGAGCGGCGCGGCCUCGGGCUGCGGCGGCUCGGCCACGGCGUUGACAUUGAGAGGGCUGUCAGGGCUCAAGUCCCCCCAUGCUCUCUACAGGCUGUCUUUUCACACAAGUGCCCCUGCGAGCAGUAAGCAGGACUUCUACCAGGUUCUCGGGGUUCCUCGCACAGCAUCCCAGAAAGAGAUCAAGAAAGCUUACUAUCAGAUGGCCAAAAAAUACCACCCUGACACCAACAAGGACGACCCACAGGCCAAGGAAAAAUUUGCUCAGCUGGCUGAAGCAUAUGAGGUCCUCAGUGAUGAAGUGAAGAGGAAGCAGUAUGACACAUACGGCUCAGCCGGCUUUGAUGCCGGCCAGGCGGGCGGAGGCCAGCAGUACUGGAGCGGACAGACCAGCAACAUCGACCCCGAGGAGCUUUUCCGCAAAAUCUUUGGAGAGUUUUCAGGUGGUCGUGGCUUUGGAGACUUUAACGCCAUAUUCGAUCAGCCACAGGAGUACAUUAUGGAGCUGACAUUCACACAGGCUGCAAAGGGGGUCAAUAAAGAGAUAUCGAUCAACAUAGACGCCGCCUGUCAGCGCUGCGAUGGGAAAGGCCACGAGCCUGGAACCAAAGUGCAGCACUGCCACUACUGCAACGGCUCCGGCAUGGAAACGGUGAACACAGGACCGUUUGUGAUGCGCUCCACGUGUCGCCGCUGUGGCGGCAAAGGCACCGUCAUUUCGAACCCGUGCCACACCUGCCGCGGCACGGGGCAGACCAAGCAGAGGAGGACGGUGAUGGUUCCUGUGCCUGCAGGUGUGGAGGACGGCCAGACUGUCAGAAUGCCUGUCGGAAAGAAGGAGGUCUUCAUCACAUUUCGGGUCCAGAAAAGCCCCGUGUUCCGGAGGGACGGCGCCGACAUCCACUCCGACCUUCACGUCUCUGUGGCUCAGGCCAUCCUGGGCGGCACGGCCAGAACGCAGGGCCUUUACGAAACACUCAACCUAACAAUCCCUGCAGGCGUUCAGACAGACCAGAGGAUCCGCCUGUCAGGGAAAGGAAUCGCACGUGUCAGCGGCUACGGCUUCGGAGAUCAUUAUAUUCACAUUAAAAUGAAAAUACCGAAGACGCUGACGGACAGACAGAGAUCUCUGAUCAUGAGCUUCGCGGAGGAUGAGACGGAGGUCGAGGGGACGGUCAAUGGAGUCACUUCCACCGCCACGGGUGGGGGCAGCGGUGGUAAGCGGUCUGAGGCAGGGCAGAGAGUGCGUAGCAAGAAGGAAGCAGAGUUGACACAAGAGGGAGGCUUCCUCUCCAAAUUAAAGAAAUUGUUUAGCUCUUCUUAACAGCCACAAACCAGGUAAACGAUCAUCCUACAACUGAGAGGCUCCAUCAGCGGGGUCAGAGGUCGGGGAGAUGACAUAAGGACUGCCACAUGCUGAAGAAACAGAGGAAAGAGGAGCAUUGGAACUGUUUAUCUAUCCAGCGUGACAAAGUCAAAGGAGAACCAACUGUAGCCUCAGCAUAGCUUGGAUCCACGUCAGAAGACGUUCCAGUUUAAUCACCUCACAGUCGGCGCAUGUUGGGAGUUUCAUUGAUUACCAACAGAACAGUGACUGCAGAGUUCAUCUGCAUCAAAAGAUAUCGUAUUGACAAAGACUUCGGAUUAGAGUCUAUAAAGAUUAUCGGAGUUAAAUGGUUCUUUUGGCUCUUUACAUGUUGUUACAGAUGGAACAUGAAGUUUACUUCUGUUGUGCAGGUGGAAGUUUUCGCCUUUCUACUGUGGAGGGAUUAGGCUUCCCUGACCUGUGAACCCUGAUUGUUCAAUCUUUAACCUUUCACACCAUGAUAGAAACAAUGUCUAUUUGUUCCAAACUGUAAUCAUAUUUGUACAUAGACAGCAGCAGAUCAUACAUGCAUCAGUGUGUCGCAUAGCAGCGGGUUUACUGUACAGUUCUAAUAAAGCUUUGGUCUGGUAUUAAGAUUAUUCCACCUAAAUCAUCCGCUAAACAGACUGGCUGCUCGGCUCUCUUGCUCGUACUAAAAAAUAAAAUGGGGUAAAAAAUUCAAA